CCAAAUAAUGUAUUGCAGAAUAGUUUUAAUGGUAAUAAGAUUUUUGUGGGGGGGGGGUGCAGGUGCCAGAGAGUGAUAGAGAUGUUACAGGCUUGUUGUGAGAGAUGCAAUAACGAGUCAACACAUUGUGGAUCUGUAGCUGCUCUCUUGAAGCAAAUCAAAAAGUAAUAAACAAACGACUAAACCAAACAGUGGCAUAAGAAGAGACUUGAAGGCACAUUUUUUACUUAUUCUGAUAUGAAUGAAGAUAUCUUCUGUAUAUUUUUGGUCGUCAAGAUAGCUGUGUAAUUCUGUCACUUUUUUUUCUUUUCUUUUUGCUGAAAAUAUAAAUGUUUUCUUAUUUUCGAAA